AUGCAAGGCAAUAUUAUGUCCAUUCUGGCGUUCGCCAACACCGUGGCUGCGCAUGGCUACGUUUCCUCGCCACCCGCACGUCAGGUUGGCAACGCUUCAGUUGCUGCAUGUGGGCAAUCGGUUGUAAACAACAUUAAAGCCGACAAUACGUCACACGUGGAAGGUCUUCCUGAGCUCGCCGCUAACGAUAAUGGAUACAACAGCACACUUUGCAAUCUAUGGCAGUGUCGAGGUAUACAGUACGCUGACAACUUGGCCAACGUGCAGAAGUAUACGCCGGGCCAGGUGGUCAACCUGAAAGUCAAACUCACAAUUCCGCACACGGGCAACGCGAAUGUGAGCGUGGUUGAUACCAGAACGAACAAAAUUCUGGGUAAACCUUUGAUUAGCUGGGCCGAGGGCUACGCUGAUGAGAAGGCAUUCUACGGCGGCACUACGCCGAAGGGUCAGAUCGACUUCAAUGUUACAAUCCCUUCGGAUCUAGGCAAUGCCUGCACGGAUGGUGGAUCUUGUAUCUUGCAGUGGUGGUGGUACGGAACGGGUGCAAGACAGAGCUAUGAGUCUUGCGUUGAUUUCACGGUAACAACCAUUUAA